CCAAAUCUUCUUAAUUUUUGCUAGUUUUCCUGAAUAAUCAAUAAUAUAAUAAUAUAAUAUAACAGCUUUAAAAUUCCGUUGUUUGCGUUUCGUGGUGGGGUAGUGACUCGAAUUGGAUUUAAGUUACGAAUUCAAGAAGGGAAGUUUCGAAGAAGCUCAGAAUUCAACGAUCUGUCAUACUCAGCAUACUUGAGAUUCCUUCUUGUUGGUUAUUAUACUAAAGCUUUUGUUCUGUUUCAUAGUUGUAUAAUCUUAAUUCUAAAUUUUUAUUUUUUAUUUUUAUAAUAAUUCCCUUUUGGAGUUUGAACCUUUCAUGCGUUCUCUUUAGCCCAAUUCAGCGUUUCAUUUCAUUCAUUCAUUUUCACCCGUUCGGCUAUUCAACGAGGGUUUUGGGUUCAUUUGGCGCAUGCUGGGGUUCUGUUUUUGGGAAACAUUGUCGUUCGUUUUGAUCAAUUUAUUAUUGAGUCUCACUGGAUUUUGUUGACUUUGGAUUUGAGACUGCAAAUAAUAACACAUCAAUGGUUUAAGAUAGAAUAUAGAUUAAGGGUGAGAGAUUUUGCAUGUCAAAUUUGUGAGAUAAGAAAACUGGGUUGCUGCUGGAUCAGGUUGUAUAGUAUCUGUUCUGUUCUAUUGGUUUAGAGGGGAAAAAGAGAGAGCCUAUUUUGGUAUAUAUAGAAGGUUAUGGAACUAGCUCAGCAUAGAGCUAUGGUGAAUGGGAGAGUUGAGGAGAUGCAUGGGGAAAGUUCUGAUCAAGUGCCUCUCAGGGAGUGCCGAAUCCGCCCUUCUCACCCCGUAGGAUUGGUGAAGAAGAGGGCUUAUAUCUUUGAUGGAAUGGGAAAUUUUUACAAUAAGGACUGGGAUCUUGCAGAACUUUAUCAGACGGAGCAGGUGGAAACAGAUGUAGCAGAUGGCCGGGCGAACGAGUUUUCUUGGUACCAUGUAGAAAUCCCAAAAGGAAAUCAAAGGCCUUCACAAUCUGCACAAGAUCUCAUCAGUGUUCUUUGCCCGCCUUUGAAACUCCAAGACAUUCUCUCACUUGUUAGCAAUGGACCAUUUUGUGCACAUGUUGAUGGGGCACUUGUGUUUCGAGUUAAUUCACCUGGUCCUCCCUCUAGUGACUUCACAUUUAGACUUUCUGCUAGAAUUACAAAAAAGUCGGUAAUUACUGUGUCCUUGGGACGUGUUCCCAGGUUAGGUUUCUCACGCAUGGGUGAAUCACUACUUUCUGAGAUUCCUACCGUAGAAAGCUCCUCUCAGUUUAGAGGCCAACAGCAGGAAGGAAGUGGAAUUGUAAUUAUGGAACAUGUUCUUGAGUUCUUAUUGACAAUGAAUCACUCCGAGGAAGCUGACAAUCCUGUUCCUAGAUCUGUCUCAAAUCUUGUGGUUCACAUAAUUGACACACAUAUAGAUCAGAUUCAAGAUCUUGUGACAAAGAUUGAGAUGGACUUGGACUCUGUGGAGCUUGAUCUUGAUAAAGGUGGUUAUGCUCUGAAAAAACAAAUGCUAGAUGACAGAAGAUUCCCCAAGCUGCAUAUUAAUUUACAGCGUCUCCUACAGGUAAUUUCCCAUGGAGAGCAAGUAUAUCUCCGAGUUAAAGAAAAAUGCUCGUCGAAACGGUGGUUUGCCAAUGAAGACAUCAACUCCCUUGAAGAACUAAUUGGAAGGUUAAGGAGGCUGAAGGAGAAUGUAGGUUUUAUAGCAAAUCGUGUAACAGCAGUACAGGCUAGUCUUGACAGCUGGCAGUCGGAGCAAAUAAACAGGAAACUGUACUAUCUUUCGUUCCUUUCGAUAAUAUUCCUCCCCUUAUCCAUCAUAACAGGAGUGUUUGGCAUGAAUGUUGGUGGAGUUCCAUGGACAGGGCAGAAUUCGCCGGAGCUACAAGAUGGUUUUCGAAACGUCCUGCUACUCUGCGUGGCGAUGCUAUUUCUUGUGCUUCUCUGCUUUGUUUUUCCGACUCUUUACACUCGCGUAGCUGCUGUAUGGCAGAAAAGGAAAGGUCCUGGAAGAAGCUGGUCGCUUAACAGGAAGUCGUUCCUCAAGAGACCGUUACGAAUAGGAGAUCAAGAAAGAGGGGGCUACCUUCGGAUCUAAUGCUUGAAUCAUUGAAUGUGUCUAUGUCAUGCUAUGAACUAUGAAAUGAAAUAUGAAUCAACCUCCCAAGUUAUGUUUUCAAUAAUCUCCCACUUCUGCACAGGCAAUUUUACCAACUGGUUUUCAGUACUCCCACAAAAGAAGCAUAAUAAGCUAGCAGAAUAGUUCAGAAAAACAAUCACAUGAAGCCCAUAUGGAUUAUGGAAUCUGUGUGAAGAUAAAGCAAAAUGGAGAGAAUCUGAUCUAGACAACCUUUAUUCUUUCAUUGUAUUGUUUUGUUUUGUUUCUGUUCUUUGUUUCUUCCCUACCUUCUUUUAACGGGGAAAGGAAAUGUGGCACAUCAAUUUUAUUUUCUGAAAUCAUGGGGACACUUUUAACUUUUAACAUGUACAGGGUUUCUCUGUUGUUGAUUAAUUUGAUACACUAUAACAGAACAAGGACUAGGCAUUUUAAUUUCAUACAUUAUUAUUUGUCCA